AUCCGACAACGAGAACAGAGAGAAGAAAGAAGACUUCACGCAAGUGAGAGAACAGACACUGCGCCUUCAAAAAUGCUUGGAUUAUGGGAACAGAAUUUCAGCUUCUACAUUUUCCUGUUUUUAUGCCUCUUUUGAUGACAGCAAAGGAAAACCCUGGCUAAGUUUCCAGGACGACUUUAGGAGUGUUUUCUUCAGUCAAAGAGGACACAUUGAAGAAAACCUCUGGAUUCAAGUUUCAUGAAGGAUGCCCGGGGGAAUCAGAAGUAUAAAUCACACCUUUUCAUUGAACUUUGGAGGUAACAAACUUUUGUUUAUUUUGAGAGUCUGCGAGUGUCAAUAAGGGACAUCAUGAACUUGCAUGCAAACAUUUCCAAACUUGUCACCUCUUCAGUCCUGAUGCCCUUUGACCCGGACACCUGGACACCCAGGCCAGACAACAUGCUGGACAAGGCGGUCCAUAACAGUUCGUUUGGGUGUAACAGAAGCUGGGUUGACACUGAAGCGUCUCUCUUUCCCAAUCUAUCAAUCAGUGGAACUUCUAAUGAAAGGACAGAACUGCUGUCGUGGCACAGGUGCAACGGAGAGACGAGUCAAGAGGAGUUAGUUGGCAAAAACUGGGCUGCGCUGCUUAUUUUGGUUGUAGUCAUUGUUACAGUUACUGGGAACAUAUUAGUAAUCAUGGCUGUCAAUUUGGAACGAAAGCUGCAAAAUGCCACUAAUUACUUCCUCAUGUCACUGGCAGUGGCAGAUAUGCUUCUGGGACUGCUGGUCAUGCCAGUCUCCAUGGUGACCAUUGUGUAUGGUUACUUGUGGCCUCUACCUACUGCACUAUGUCCCAUGUGGAUCUACCUGGAUGUUCUCUUUUCUACUGCCUCCAUCAUGCACCUGUGUGCUAUCUCCCUGGACCGAUAUGUGGCAAUCCGCAACCCCAUCCGUCACAAUCGCUCAAACUCCCGUUCCCGUGCUUGGGCCAAGAUCACUGCGGUCUGGACCAUCUCUGCAGGAAUUUCCACGCCAAUUCCAGUGCUGGGUCUGCAAGAUCACACCAAAGUAUUUAAAGAUGGCAGCUGCCUAUUGACUGACAAUUCCUUUGUGUUGAUUGGCUCCUUUGUGGCCUUCUUUGUGCCAUUGACCAUCAUGGUGGUGACCUACUUCCUGACUAUCAGUGCUCUGCAGAGUGAAGCUACACUCUGUCUGGACCAGCUGGUGCCCAGACCCAAAUGGAGCUCUGGGUUCACCCUAAACAUUCUUCCCGGCCCUGCGUUCUAUCCUUCAGAGAAAAAACCUUUCUUUCGUCGCUCAUUGAGCCGCGAGACAGGGGCUGAGUCAGGAGUUGUAACCCCGCCUUUUGGACGUCACACCGCGCAGUCCAUCAGCAACGAGCAAAAAGCCUCCAAAGUUCUGGGCGUGGUCUUCUUCCUGUUUGUGGUCAUGUGGUGUCCGUUUUUUAUCACUAACGUUUUGGCGGUGGUUUGUGAGCCUGAGGCGUGUGACGCUGAUGUGAUAAAUCGACUGUUGAAUGUGUUUGUGUGGGUUGGCUAUCUUUCUUCUGCCGUUAACCCAUUAGUCUACACACUCUUCAACAAGACUUACCGCUCUGCUUUUGCCAGAUACAUCCGAUGCCAGUUUCACGAGGAGAGGAAACCGUUACAGUUUAUUCUGGUCAACACCAUUCCACCACUGGCUUAUCAGUCCACACACCUGCCAUUCGGUGGAUCAAUAGGCAAUGGGAAUUUCUCUUUGCCCCUUUCUAAAAAAAAACACCAUCUGUCCAAAAGCAGCAAAAAUGAGAGCGUUAGCUGCUUGUGAAUUCACUCUUCAAACUCACAAAAUUGCAAAUGUAACCUCAGAUUGGACUUGGGUUCAUGUUUUGCAUAAUCUCCUUAUUACCUCUAAAGAAAGCAGCGCAGAUUAGCGAUGGUGCAGCAGGACCUAUUAAAACAGUAUCCAAAUGGCAUCUACGAGUUUAUCACAGGUUCAUCAAAAGACCUUCGUCUGAGCAGAACCCUUUGAAUUCAAAUGCAAGAUAAAUCAUUGGAAUGAAACUAUUUGGGUAUAUAAACAAUAUUGUAUAUAAAUGUUUGAUGUUUAGACUUUUAGUUUUUUAUGUAGCAUUUUAUAUUUCAGAAGGUAGAGUUAAAUGUAUGGGAGCUCAGUGGUGUUUUGUUUACAAUGUCAGGUUUUUGAAAACAAGUGUUGAUAAAAUGGAGUAAAACUUGUGAUGUGAGCUUUGUAUCUCGUCAAAGAAAUGGGAUGCUGUAGCCUCAUUCAUGAAUCUUUACUUGUGUGCUACUGGUUUAUCCUCUUGAAUGAAUUAAACCCAGAGAAAUAUGUUAUUCUGAAUGACAAAAGCAGUUCAUGUGGUGUCUUUAAAAAUAGUUCAGCACUUCAAAAGAUAAAAUGCAAACCCUACCUAAAUUUCUUUUCAUAUUUCUUGGGACCUUGUCAUAAUUUACUUACCCUACAUGUCGAUCCAAACCCGUAUAAGGAGAAAUUGCACAUAACAUCUUAUUGGUUCUUGCGACAUGACAUCAUGAUGUUUGGUCAUGAGACAUGAUGUGAACCAAUGAGGUUUGGUGUUACCAACAUAGCUGUUAUCAAUUAUUUGAUUAGACUUGAGAGUGAAUAACAAUGUAAAUUUGAUUCUGUUCAUCACAUAAAAUGAUCAUAUGGUUUCAGGAGCUUUAGAAUAUAGAGUAUGUGUCAUAUCAAAUUCUUUUAAUGGGGUUUUUUCUGUCGUGAUUGACAGUCCGGUGCACUCACUUUCAUUACAUGGAAAAUAAACCCUGGCUUUUAAAAAAUGCACCUUUUGUGUUGCAUGGAAGAAAGAAAGUUAUACAGGUUUAAAAGUGAGUGAAUGAAUAAUGACAGAAUUGUCGUGUUUGGUUGAACUAUUAUUCUAAGAGCAUGCAUCAUAAAAAUGGCUUAAAAAACGGUACGAAAUUGCAUCAAACAACUGUCUAUCCAUCUUGCACCUUGUUGUUUGGACCGAUUAAAUAUAAUUUAGAAAAGGUACAUUGUAGAGUAGCACUCAGAUUCGUGUUGCUCACAUAGUGCCAGUACUAAACUCCAACAGUCAAGUUGUCAGAUGUAGUUCUUUGAAAACAUCCUUUUAAGAACUCUGGGACGUUAGUGGUUCUGAAAAUACAUCUCCAAAUUCAGGGUUUUAUGGCAACACUAAGAGCAAUCUCAGAAACAUUCUCGAUCCACACAAGAGAGUGUUGGGUUCAGAUACCAGCACUUUUUGAAAACCUCUGAUCUGUCUACAGCAGUGUAGUUGUUGUGUUGAUGACAGUCAUACACUUGUUUUGCAAUGAGUCAUCUCUGUUUCAUAUUUCUGAGUGAAUAAUUAUUCAUGGUAUAUGUAUAUUUAUAUGUGCAAUGUUUAUCUGCCCUCAUUCCAGAAAUAUAUUGUAGCAGUCUGACCACAAGAG